CCGUGGGAAUUCCUCCUCCUCCUAUUGCCGAGCUCUGAAGUCCUAGCUCCCCCCCUUACCGUUUCCUUCCCUCGGAUCGGCAAGGCGAGAGAGGGAGAGAUGUUGGCGAGAAAGUUGGCAUCUUUUUCCCCCCUCUUCACCAAAAGCUCUUCCUCCUCCGCAAAUUCGACGCUUCUGAGGCAUCUCCAGUCUCCGCUUUUCUUCUCUUCUACUUCCUCGGAGCAGGCCGCAAGUAGCAGCAUCAGCAGCGGCAAGAAGAGAUUUUUAGGCCGAAGGGUCUUCCGGAUCGCGUUGAUCAGCGUCACCGGAGGUUUAGCCCUCAGUGCCCUCAAUGACCUCGCCAUGUUUCAUGGCUGCAGCAGAUUUCGUCUGGACGCAACUUGGAACAUAGUAUCUUCUUGGUUUUUCGGUGACUUGGAAAGUAAGGCAAUUGAAGAGGCUAGUCAGAAUCAGAAAAUUAUAGAGACUAUUGGUGUGCCAAUUGUAAGAGGUCCAUGGUAUGAUGCAUCUCUUGCAGUUGGACAUAGGAGGCGUUCUGUAUCUUGCACAUUCCCUGUUUCUGGGCCACAAGGAUCUGGCAUUUUCCAGUUGAAGGCCAUCCGUCAUGGAGAGGAUACUACAUUUUCAUUUCUUCGGCACCAUAGCUGGGACAUACUAAUUAUGGAGGCUCUCCUUCAUGUUCCUUCAAAUGAGGAGAAGCACCAGACAUUAAGGAUAAGCCUCACGGGCGAUCUUCCCCCCAGUUCCCCUGUGGAAUGCCAGAAUUGCAGAUCUCCAGAAUCAGAGACUGCAGAGAAGUGAACCUGGCUCCUGAGUGUAAAAUAUGGCUUCUGCCUAAUAAUGGGAAAUUCUCAGACUCUGCUUUUUAUAUGACAUAUAUGAAUAAAUUGGAAUUCGAUGUUGCGAGGAUUUUAAGGCCCACCAUGGAUGCUUUUUUUUUUUUUUCUGUCUUUUUAAACGAAAAGGUUACAAUGAAUUAUAUUUCAGGUC